AUGCGUGGUUGUUUCGGCGUGUUAAACGCGACGUCGGCGCCUGUGUUCCUGCCCGUAACUCUUGGGAAGCCAAGAUGGCGUCGGACAGCUCUCUUUCAAGAACGUCACUCGUCGCGCGACUGCUUCGACGAAUCGGACGCGAAGUCGGGGCAAAUCGAGAUCGCCUACGACGACCAGGAGAACGAGAUGGGGCUGGGUCUGGGGAAGCCGUUCUGUGUGAGCUUCCAAGUGGAAUUACGCGGACAUUACUCGACCGACCGCAUCCAGAGAUUGGACCAGUACAGCCGCAAGACGUCGAUACUCUGGGCGACUUUUAUCUGCGCUGUGUCACCCUUACCAUGCCUGUUGAUCGUUAUGGUCAUCGAGUGUGCCCCCAUGGCUCCCCCUACGGCAGGAUCCCGCGCCAACGCUCUGUUCUGGGGACGCGACUACCUGGCCAUCGCUCUCAUGACCCGUGCGAUCGUGGAGCAGUUCCGAGUGUGCGUUCCUGGACUGAAGAUCACGACGCGCCAGACAAUCGCGAUACCGGUAAUUGCAAGUGCAGGAGCCACUGCAUUCAUGAUUCUGAUGGCCAGUCUCAUCGGCUUCCCGCUCCCGUUCGCUCUCGUUAUCGGAAUUCCAGUGUGGCUCGUUGUUCUUGCCGUGCUGCUCACCUUCGUGUACCCGGCGUAUCUGUAUGGCUUCGUCCAAGUGGGAACGAUUGGACAGAACUUUUAUCUCGGACUGCUCACACUCAUCAAACUCGUGGCCAAGAACUGGAUGAGCUAUUUCCUGGACAAAAAGUACGAUCUGAUGCACCAGAUUAUGAUCUUCAACGUGGACGUGUUCAACGCGCUGUACGUCUCGAGCUCGAUGCAGAACUCCAAGUCGAUAACGUCAAUACUGCUGAUGAUCGCGUUGGACGCUACUCCGGCGUGGAUAUCGAUUACCGACAUCAGGGAUUUAAUGAGGGAUAUUGUCCUGCUCAGGCGGAAUAUUCCGAGUAGCCACCCCUUACACUUGGCCAGCUUUAUUGAAAUCGCUCUCCAAAUUAUCAAUGAAGACGACCAGGCUCGAACUCGCUUGUCACGCCGUGGCUACAUUUUUGGGAUCUCCACGCUGAAGCUCCCCGAUGUUGAUAUCUUCAGUGAAGAAUCCACAGACGCUGCUGGAGACCCUAAAACAAAGCGAAUUUUGCCAAUAACGACACUGGAGCCACAGCUAUCUGUUGCAGCGGUUGAGACGUUCAAUGCACCAGAUCACGAUAAAUCACCCCAGAAAGAUAGACUCCUCCUGGAUGGCGUCUUCUCGGCGAAGGAAGGGCGGCGAUUUUUACAGCGGACGGCGCAGCUUCUCUUUACCACGGAAUUCAUCAUCCUCGUGGAGUACACAGAGGUCAUCGUCCCGUUUAUCUAUUCUAUAUACACGACCGCCACUUUCUACCUGCCGAAUCGUGUGUAUUACCCGCAGCUGACGUCUCUCGACGAGGAGACACUGAAAACCAAUAUCGGUAGCGUGGUGAUGUUCGGUGUGGCCGAAUUGGUGUCGCUUCUGGUCAUUGGGCAUUGCAUUGAGCAAGCCGACUUCAGCUGGGCCUUCUCGUGGCUGAAAAAGUCGUAA